AAACUGACCAAACUCAGUCUGAAAUGAACCUUAUCGAUGAUACUCCAAUAGAGAACUUCCUUAGAGAACCAGAAAGUAGUGGCCAGUAUUUACUAAGUGAUUAUGAUCCUAAUGAAGAAAUAGAUAUAUUUAGCG